CAAAUUUCUCUCAAGUAAAAUCCUGAUUAAUAACAAACCCUUUCUUUAUAUUAAAUUUUUCUCGAAAAUUUACAAUAAAAAUCUUAUGUUUAAGGGGUUGUAUUUAAUGUUAUAUUAUAGUUUUCUGUUUUUAAUUUAUGCACAUGAAUUUGUUGGUGUUUUUUCAUUUUAUCCAUCAACAUAAAGGAAUUAGUCUUUUUCAUUGAAUUCUGUUUGAUUCACUUCUAUGAAAUAGGAAGAGAUACAACAGAGGGCGCCGCUUUUUAGGAGCAUCUUGCACGUGCAGGUUCUUUGUUUGCAUUUCAAACUAGGAUGGAGGCGUCUCGAUAUUACGAGAGCGUUGAAACCAGUUAUACUUCCUCUAGAUCAUUAAAUAUCGAACAAGAGAAAAGGGAGAGAGACAAAGAGAAGGAAGAUUCAGCAUUCUCAGCAUCUUCUCCAGCAAGUCCUACUGAUGCUAAAUCAAGUGUUCAGACUAUUGAUUCAUGUCAAGCUAUGCUGUUACCAAUAGGAGCAAGCAUUUCCCUACUUGUUAUGUUUCUCUUUUUUGACUCUCUACAAACAGUUUUUGCUAUUUGUACAGCAAUAUUAGCCACGGUAGCUUUUGCUUUCCUCCUUCUGCCAAUGUCACAAUACUUACUCCGACCAUGUUACAGCAAUAAUAACAAGAUUUCGUUUGGUUGUUGUGGGAGAUUUACGCCGGCAGAAAUAAUGUCAUUUUGUCUUUCAUUUAUCCUAGUUUGCAUAUGGGUGGAAACUGGUCAUUGGCUACUAAUGGAUGGUUCUCUGGGAAUGGGGUUAUGUGUAGCCUUUAUAGCCCUUGUUAGGCUACCAAGCUUAAAAGUAUCUACAUUAUUAUUGGUUGGUUUGCUCAUGUAUGAUGUUUUCUGGGUAUUUUUUUCAUCGUACAUAUUUAGUACAAAUGUCAUGGUUAAAGUUGCAACGAGACCCGCUGAAAAUCCGGUUGGGGUCUUUGCAAAAAAACUGCACCUUCCAGGAUUGGUUAGGGAUGCCCCAAAAUUAUCGUUACCUGGGAAACUUGUAUUUCCUAGUGUACAUAAUUCUGGUCAUUUUUCUAUGUUGGGAUUAGGAGACAUAGUCAUGCCCGGAUUAUUAUUAUGUUUUGUUUUACGCUAUGAUGCUUACAAGAAAUCUCAAUUACCGUGUGGAGAGACUGGCGCUCCAACGACUUCUUAUCACAGAAUUACUUAUUUCCAUUGUUCGUUAAUUGGCUACUUCUUAGGUUUAUUAACUGCAACUUUGUCUUCGGAAAUUUUCAAAGCUGCACAACCAGCUUUACUCUACCUGGUUCCGUUCACUUUAUUGCCAUUGCUUAUUAUGGCAUACUUGAAAGGUGAUCUAAGACGUAUGUGGCACGAACCAUUUAUUAUACAUCAGCCUCCCAGAUAUAUGGAUGUUUAA